AAGGCGGCGGGCAGGAGCCUGGCGGGCAGCCCGCGCCGGUAACCGGCCCCAUGUGAGCGCCCAGCUCUCGCCUUUCGCCGCCCGCACGCGAUCGGCCGCCAAACGCGAUGUCUUUCCGAGAGACCAAGGCGGGGGAGAGAGCCAAGCACCCUGAAGAUCAUGGCAAAAAGCAGAGUUCAAGUUGGAUCAACGGAAUGGAGAACAGCACCCAAGCCAGCACUUCUGUCGAGAAAAGAAAUCACCAUUGGAGAAGUUACAAGUUGAUUAUUGACCCGGCUCUGAAAAAAGGACAGCACAAACUCUAUCGUUACGAUGGGCAACAUUUUAGCAUGCCUAACUCUGGAAUUGCUCCUGUGGAUUGUGUCAGAGAUCCCAGAAUAGGGCGAAUAUGGACCAAAACUAAGGAGUUGGAGCUGUCUGUCCCCAAAUUCAAGAUUGAUGAAUUUUACGUGGGGCCAGUGCCGCCCAAGCAGGUCACCUUUGCCAAGCUGAAUGACAACAUCCGCGAAAACUUUUUGACCGACAUGUGCAAGAAAUACGGCGAAGUGGAAGAGGUGGAGAUUCUCUACAACCCCAAGAACAAGAAGCACCUGGGCAUCGCCAAAGUGAUCUUUGCCACCGUGAAGGGUGCCCGGGAGGCCGUCCAGCACCUUCACAACACCUCCGUCAUGGGCAACAUCAUCCACGUGGAGCUGGAUACGAAAGGUGAGACCCGCAUGCGAUUCUACGAACUGCUAGUUAAUGGUCUUUACACUCCUCAGACCCUUCCCGUUGGCACCGAGCAGGACGCAUCGCCAACUGUGAAUGAAGCUCUGCAGCUGACGGAUUCUCUGAAACGCCUGAAGGACAGUACCCUGUCCUCUGCGAGCUCGUCGGUCACCCCCAACAGCAGCACACCCUUUUCCCACGACACAGCCUAUUCCAGCUGUCGGCAGGACACCCCAAACUCGUACAGCCAAUUCACCCCUCAGUCCCAAGGAACCCCUCACACCCCACGCCUCGGGACGCCCUUUUCCCAGGAUUCCACCUAUUCCAGUCGGCAGACGACGCCUGUGUACCACUUUGGGCAGGACAGUGCGUACAAACCCAGGAGGCACGAAACAAAGUUUACGGACGCCUACAACCGUCGCCCCGGACAUCACUAUGUGCAUAAUUCAGCAGGCGUUUUCCGAGGGCCGGAGCAUCAGUUUAGUACGUUCAAACCUCAUCAGCAAGAACCCGUUCAGUUCUCUCACACUCCGCCCUUGAGCCACUCUGGUUCUUCAAGCUACAAAUCUGCCUUCUCUCCCUACCAAGCACCAGCUGUUUUUCCCCAGGCUGAUGAGCAGCAGUUUCCCCAAACUUCCCGGGAAGCGGAGUACCGAAGACCUGCACCGCCUCCGACUGAGAUGGUUGUGGAAAGUAGCACUGCCACUACUAUUGAUUUUGUUCCCGUGAAGGAAAAGCCGGAGGAGCCUCCUCCACCCCUGCCAGAUUCGAACUCCGUUCCCGAACCGAGUACAACAACCUUCUCUCAGACUCCGGAGAGGAGCGAGACCCCCGGCACCCCAACCAUGGAAUCGGAAAUGCAGCAUAACAGCUUAGACUCAAGGAUUGAGAUGCUCUUAAAAGAGCAGAGAACAAAGUUACCCUUUCUUAAUGAACAUGACUCAGAUAACGAGGUCCGAAUGGAAGGUAGCCCCAUCUCCUCUUCCUCUUCCCAGCUCUCUCCAAUCCCCAUGUACAGUUCGAACUCUCAGCCUGGUUACAGAGCUCAAACACCAUCCUCGCGCCCCUCCAGCACGGGCUUGGAGGACAUCAGCCCCACGCCGCUGCCUGACUCCGAUGACGACGAGCCCAUCCCUGGGACAGCCUCUCUGGGUCAGAAUUCCAGGGCAGCGUCGGAGGCCAGCAUGACUCCUGUCGAUCCCCUGAGCAGGACCUCCAAAACGGAGACCUCGGAGGUUAAAGAAAUGGUGCCUGGUGACCAGACUCCAACAUCAGAGAAAAUGGAUGAGCACUCCAGCUAUUUCUGCCAUCUGGUUUGAACAGGAGACAGUUGCUGGGCUUUAACACUC